AGCUUUGUAGUCCGCCGCAGGGUUUAGAGGAGGUUCUCGGUGUUCGGAUCUCACACGUCUCCUCGGAUCCUUCUCCUUCCAGUUUCUUCGAUUUCUCCCGUGCAGCUGCUCCUCUUCCCGUGAACUCCAUACACGUGGUUUCGAUUCGACUGUGAAGUCGUAAAUACAUAAUCGAUGGGAAUUGGACUUGAGCGAUUGGUAUGAUGUUGUGCGAGUGCGGCUUCUGGAUCGAUCAGUAGAAACAAAAAGGUGGGUGCCUUUCUGGUGUUCUUGGUUGGGAUGGUCUCUUUCGAUUGCCCACUCCCGAAACCCCAACUGCAUUCUUGUUGCCUUUUUAGUCAGGUGUUGGCUUCCCUAUCUCUUCUAGGUAAUUUCAGGAACCCCCAUUUUAUGUCGGGUAGUGAACCUGGAUGUAAUCUCAUCUUCUCUUCGCCUUUCCAAUUGAGGGUCAUUGGGUGCAUUUAUCUCAGCUUAUUGUUGCAUCGAUUGGUUAUCCUUCCUUGCAAUGCUUCCCCUUGACACUUAUGUGUUUUCCUUCUGCAUGCUUGAAAUGUUUCUGUAGAAUUAUUUUGGGCAUGAUUUCCAGCUACAAUUAUCUAGUUAGUAACUGUUGUUGCUGAGAUUUGGCAUCCAAGAGCUACUUGAGUGAACUCAGUGAAGGUUCCUGUCUUGCACUUGUGAGUCACUUGACUGGUUUUGGGGAGUUUUGGGAAACCUCUUUUGCUUGCUUCAAUCCUUUUCUUCGGUGAAGAACAAGUUUGAUCUGCUGCUAAAUUGGGGGGAUGGUGAUGGAAGAAGCAAGCUGCAGUCCAUCGUGGACUAGGGAGCAGGAUAAGGCAUUUGAAUAUGCUCUGGCCACUCACCAUGAGGAUUGCGACAACCGGUGGGAGAAAAUUGCUGUGGAUGUGCCUGGGAAAACCAUUGAGGACAUCAAGCACCAUUACGAACUUCUUGUGGAGGAUGUCAAUGGCAUCGAGUCCGGCCGGGUGCCCUUGCCUUGCUACCCAUCUUCCUCGGAAGGUGGUGACCUGGCCAAUGAAGGUGGCGGGAGCAAAAAGGGAGGCCACUCUCAUGGUGAUUCUGCCCAUGGUGGGAAAGCAUCGAGAUCUGAUCAAGAGCGCAGAAAGGGGAUAGCAUGGACCGAGGAUGAGCACAGAUUAUUUCUUCUUGGACUUGAGAAGUACGGAAAAGGUGAUUGGAGGAGCAUAUCUCGGAACUUUGUGAUCUCAAGAACACCUACACAAGUUGCAAGUCAUGCACAGAAGUACUUUAUUCGGUUGAACUCGAUGAACAAAGAUCGGAGAAGAACAAGCAUCCAUGACAUAACCACUGUGACCAACGGAGACACACCGACUCCUCAAGGGCCAAUCACUGGUCAAAUAAAUGCAUCUGUGGCAACUGCAGGGAAGUCUGCCAAACAUUCUCUUCAAUCAGCUGCCGACCCAGCUGGAGUUGGUAUCUUUGGAACUACCAUCGGGCAGCCGGUGGUCGGUGGUCCUCUUAUGCCUGCAGUAGGCACUCCGGUAAAUCUUCCUGUUCCUGCUGGAUCCCAUAUCGGCUAUCCGGUGCGAACCCCAGCGAGCAUCUCAUCGACUACCUAUCAGAUGCCUCCCACAUCAUCUGGUAGCUGAGUACAAGGGAAUCUUGAAGUAGAAGAGAAUGCUGCAGCUCCACCUUGCAUCUACUUCUCAUUAAUGUCAAGUAAGCUAAGAGAUGCAAGCACAUUUAUGGAUGACUGUGUUCUGGAUUUGUACAACUACUUGAUUACUGUCUGGAUCAUGUCAAAAUAAGCUAUUAAAGGAAACUAUUGAUUCAGGAAUGCAACAUGAGAAAGUUGUGGCAAUCAAAA